GAUGGUCGGUCGGUCGCCCGCCCCUCCUCUCAUGCCAGUUUACGGGCGGCAAUGCGAGGGAUUGUUUCCCAAAUGUUUUCCGUCACACUCCUUUUCUCUCUACCCUACCCCAGUAGCUGGAACGAAGAAGGCGAACGCUGGGCUAUGGCGGAUUAGGGUUUGGUCUUGUGUUUAGGGGUCUCUCAUCUAAAGACGAGAGGGCGCGGUGCCGAGGAGCGUGUUCUCCGGGUCCCUCUCCCAUCCCAAGAGCGACGUUGUCAUCGACAUGGGGAACGCCUUCCUCAACCGCACCGUCGACGGAUUCCUAAAGAUCGGAGCUGUUGGUGCUUCCAAGGUUGCAGCGGAGGAGACCUAUGAUUGCCUGAAGAAAGGUCCUUCGCGCUUCCCUUUUUGGAAAUUUUCGAAGGACAAACUUGAGGAUGCAUUAAGGAAGAUUUGCAAAGAAGGUGUAUAUUGGGGAACUACAGCUGGGGUGUAUGUCGGAAUGGAGUAUGGAGUGGAAAGGAUGCGUGGUACCAAAGACUGGAAGAAUGCAAUGCUCGGCGGUGCAAUAACUGGGGCACUUAUAUCAGCUGCUAGUGGUCAUCGUACCGACAAGGUCAUCGGCAAUGCCAUCACAGCAGGUGCCAUAGCUACUGCUGCUGAGUUCAUCAACUACCUCACAUGAAGGCUGUGACAGAUUCGCAUAAUGUUGCUGGCACACUGCUGCACGUAUUUGCAUCAAGUCUUUUGCCUCCAUAAUCUACAAUCAGUUUCAGUGCAGAAUUUAGAUCUGUCAUUGUAAGUGAGUAUAAAAUUGCUAUCAUCUAUUGGAUUAAGUACGGUGACAUAUAUUAUUCCAAAUCAUAAGCAGCUUUGAAAUUCAACCUAAUAUUUGAGUUCAUUU